GAUUCGACAACUGAAACGGCUUCGAGGAAAAGUCAACACAAAGACAACCUGGUGCGAGAAUGAUCGAUGAUGUUUCAUUGUUGGCGUUAAAAACGAUCACGUUAAGGCGUACUGCGUUUUUAACACUCGGCUCUUACUUUGAAAAGAAGUAAAGCGGACGUUGUUUGUUGUGCUUAGCGAGUUUGAUGCUUGUUGAGCCUUGUCUGGAGAGAAAAAAAGUCUUAUUUUGUGUCAUUUUCUUUGACGGACCAAGCGGCGGCCGCGAUGUCUCCAGAUUCCUGCGCUGAGAAGAAGUCGAGGUGAAAUAAGAGUCUGCACACAACAACGAUGGCGUUCUUCGUGAAAAAGAAGAAAUUCAAGUUCCAGACUCAUCUGACGCUGGAGGAGCUGAGCGCGGUUCCGUUCGUCAACGGAGUUCUCUUCUGUAAAGUCCGCCUGCUGGACGGAGACUUUACGGCCACGUCCUCCAGACAGGAGGUCCAGGAGAACUGCGUGCGCUGGAGGAAGAGGUUCUCCUUCGUGUCCAAGAUGAGCGCCAACCCACACACGGGAGUGCUGGACCCUUCCGUGUGCAGAGUGUCUGUUAGGAAGGAGCAGAAAGGAGGCAAAACGUACACGAAGCUGGGCUUCACCGACCUCAACAUGGCGGAGUUUGCGGGCUCGGGCUCGGCGGUGCGCUGCUGCCUGCUGGAAGGAUACGACACCAAGAACACGCGGCAGGACAACUCCAUACUCAAGGUUAUCAUCGGGAUGACCCUCCUGUCAGGAGACCCCUGCUUCAAAACUCCUCCCAGCACCGCCAAGUCCAUCUCCAUCCCGGGACGCGAGCACACCCUGCAGCUGGACUGCAAGGGGGAGGGGACCGCCCAACCCGGGCCGGCCGGAGGGAUUUCCAUGGGCCGGACCCCCAAACCUCGACCCUCCGUCGUCAGCUCAGGUCUCCUGGAAGACCCUGAAGGCAACCCGUGCAGUCCGGGGGAAGUCUUCCAGUCGGGCCACUCCAGGAACUCCAGCUACGCCAGCCAGCACAGCAGAAUCUCAGGCUACAGCACAGAGCACUCCUGCUCCUCCAGCUUGUCUGACCUGACCCACCGCAGGAACACCUCCACCGGCAGCAGCACCUCGGGGGGGCCGGGGACCUUAACUGCCGAGGGGGACGGAGACAAGGAGGCAGGGCGCUUGGAGAGACCCCCCCGGCCCCCCAGGCCCAUCCUACACACUAACAGGCCUCCAAGGAGGAAGCAGGACUCGGUGGAAAGUCGGCCAUCUUGGGUGAACGACACCCGCAUGGACGCCGACGACAUCGUGGAGAAAAUUGUCCAAAGCCAAAACUUUGCCGACGUCAGCAACACUGAAGACAGCAACCUGCGUCUGUUCGUCAACAGAGACGGCACCACCGCGCUCAGCGCCAUCCGGCUGGGAAACAGGGUCUCGGCGGGGGGCUACGAGCCCGUGGUGAUCGAGAGCCACUGAAGUCCGCACUUUAACGCUGGUCACGAACGUCUCGCGUCAACAUGUGACCCCCUGAAGCACUUUGUGUCCGUACAGGUUUCUCUCCUGAAGCGUCUCGUGUAGGCGGGCUCGCUAGUGACGGCCAGGAGAAGCCAUUUUGUUGCCUCACAUUUUUGUUGCUGCAAGCGAAAGGUGUGGCCUUUCUUCAAAGUUCAUGUCUCAUCUCUGCUGCCCCCUGGUGGAGCAGCCGCACCAAGACACAAGAAAGUACACACCUUUUGUUUUCAACACAAACAAGAUGUUUUUUUCUUGCCUUUUAAACAUUUUACACGUUUUUUUCUCCACUCAAAUCUCUACCAAAAACACGUUUUUGUAGCUCUUUUUCACAGUGGCUGACGGGUACAAACUCGCGGUAACUCCCAAUGGCUGGCUAACUUCCUGGCAGCUUGGCUAACUACCUAGAAGUUUAGCUGGCUAACUUCCUGGCAGCUUGGCUAACUACCUAGAAGCUUAGCUGGCUAACUUCCUAGUAGUCUGGCUGGCUAACACCUGGCAUCUUGGCUAACUUUUUGGUAACCUAGCUAACUAACAUUUGGUAGCCUAGCUAGCUAACAUUUGCUAACUUGGCUAACUUCCUAGUAGCCAAACUGGCUCAAUUCCUGGCAGCUUGGCUAACUUACUAGUUGCCUAGCUGGCUAUAACUUCCUAGUACCGGCAGUCUAGCUGGCUAAUAACUGGCAGCUUGGCUAACUUCCUGGUAGCGUAGCUUUGCUAACUUCCCAGUAGCAUGGCUAACUUCCUGGCAGCUUGGCUAACUACCUAGAAGGUUAGCUGGCUAACUUCCUAGUAGUCUGGCUGGCUAACACCUGGCAGCUUGGUUAACUUUUUGGUAACCUAGCUAACUAACAUUUGGUAGCCUAGCUCGCUAAGAUUCGGUAACUUGGCUAACUUCCCAGUCGCCAAACUGGCUCACUUCCUGGUAGCUUUGCUAACUUACUAGCUGCUUAGCUGGCUAACAACUGGCAGCUUGGCUAACUACCUAGAAGCUUAGCUGACUAACUUCCUAGUAGUCUGGCUGGCUAACACCUGGCAGCUUGGUUAACUUUUUGGUAACCUAGCUAACUAACAUUUGGUAGCCUAGCUCGCUAACAUUCGGUAACUUGGCUAACUUCCCAGUCGCCAAACUGGCUCACUUCCUGGUAGCUUUGCUAACUUACUAGUUGCUUAGCUGGCUAACAACUGGCAGCUUGGCUAACUACCUAGAAGCUUAGCUGGCUAACUUCCUAGUAGUCUGGCUGGCUAACACCUGGCAUCUUGGCUAACUUUUUGGUAACUUAGCUAACUAAUAUUUGGUAGCCUAGCUAGCUAACAUUUGGUAACUUGGCUAACUUCCCAGUAGUCAAACUGGCUCAAUUCCUGGCAGCUUGGCUAACUUACUAGUUGCCUAGCUGGCUAUAACUUC